UCCUGCUGCAAGCCCAGGCGAAGGCGGUGCUGGUGGGGUACGGUCCCCUGCCGUGGUCCUUCUACGUCCGCCAGUCGUGGCGGCAGCCUGUCAUCAGGCCGGGUGAUGUGCUCGUGUUCAAGUGGGGCUUCUGGCCGCACGGCGUGCGCAAGCUGGCGAGUGGCACGGCGUAUGACAACUGCGACUUCAGCGGCAGCACCAAGGUCGCUCCCAUUCGUUUCUUCGGUUAUGCCAGGUACACAGUCCAGGCAGGUGAUGCAGCCACCGGGCUCUAUUUCGCAUGCCCCGUGCCCAGCCACUGCGGGCCGGGCGGCAUGAAGGUGCAGAUCAGCGUCACGCCGCUGUAG